AUGGAAUACACAACAUUAUCCGCUGACGCGAAUUCACCACUCGUCGAACCCUACUAUAAGUGCUAUUGGUACUUCGGGAAGUGGAGCGCGGUCUUCCUCUGCGACGCCUCUGACGAUCCGAUCCGAAAUUCUUUCAUCAACUUCAAGUUGAUCGAAGCCAAUGAGCACUUGAGAAACGACCUCGGCGCGCAAGCCGACAGCGUAUUUGGAUUGAUCUUUGUUGAUACAUUGGACGAUGGUGACGAUCCGUUUCUAUAUUGGCGGAAAGAUUGUAGACUUGCCGGUGGCUUGCAGACUACGAUUUGUGGGUGGGCGAAGAGAUAUAGUGCGCUGGAGCAGAGAUUGUCUAUGAUGGAGAAGAAUAAAUUGAGGAUGAGAACAGAGUACAUUGACAUGGGUGACGCUGAGUCAGAAGGCGCAGAUAAAGACGAGGACCGGAGAGGCGAUGACUAG